AUGCACUCAGGAAUUUCGGCCUCAGAAGAGCUUCAAGCCGCCUUCAACUUGCUACUAGCGUCGCCAUCGACCUUUGGGCUGUUGGUGAGCAUCCACAAAGAGUCGCUCGUGCCCGUGGCCAGUCUUCCAUCGAAAGCGCCGUCGUUUGUCGACAAUUUGCCGAUUCUCCAGACGCACCUGCAACCCGACGUUGCACUCUAUGUUCUGCUCCGUCGGUAUGACGAUGAACCCAAGUUCAUUGCCAUUACGUACGUGCCAGACGCGGCACCUGUCCGGCAGAAGAUGCUGUUUGCGUCCACAAGGCUGGCCUUGGUGCGCGAGCUGGGCUCGGAGAAUUUCAGGGAAAAACUAUUCGUGACUUUGGCGCAGGAGUUGACCGAGGGCGGGUUCCAAAAGCACGACGCACACGUGAAGAUCGCGGCCCCUCUGACAGCGGAAGAGCGAACACUGGGCGAGGUGAGGCGGGCUGAGCAGGAGGCCGGGUCCGGCACAGGCACACGAGAGAUUCACCUGAGCAAAGGCUUCGCCGCGCGGGUGGCUGAAGACGCGACGGCUGCUCUGAAGGAGCUGGGGCGGGAUGGCGGACGGGUAGUGGUCAUGCUGAAAAUCGACGCCGGGAAGGAGUCUGUCGAGCUGGUUCCCGAGGCCCCGCGCCCACGGUCAAUCGCCGAGCUGUCCAAGGCUAUCUCGACUGCGGAGCCUCGGUUCACGUUUUACAGGUUCGCGCACAGCCACGGCGGCGCGGAGCAAGCGCCGGUCUUGUUUUUCUACACGUGCCCGGUGACGGAGGGCAGCAGGUCCAUCAAGAACCGAAUGCUCUACCCGUUGAUGAAGCGGGCCGUUCUGGAAACGGCGGAAAAGGAAGCGGGCUUGACGGUGGAGAAGAGGUUCGAGGUGGAGGAGCCAGGUGAAAUCACGGAGCAAUCCGUCAUGGAUGAUUUGCACCCCAAGACGACGACGAGGUCGGGAUUCAGCCGGCCUAAGCGCCCGGGGCGAUGA